AUGGUGAGCAUCAGCGCCGGCCUCCUCCCCGUACAGGAUCUGGCCCUCCCAACAUCAAGCUCUUCUGCAGCAUGCCCGUCCGAUCAGUCGAACGCCGCCGCGCCGCCAGGACGAACGCCGCCGCGCCUCGCCGUCGCAAUGCCGUCGUGGAAUGACGGAGAGAGCAGCGAGGACAGCCUGCUGUCCGAUUUCGACUACGGCCACGGCCUCAGCCCUCGCAAGCCGAUACCAGAAACAAUUCUGGACACCGAGUUCACCGGGUACGACGAUUGCGAUUUGAGGUGCAACCAUGAUAUGCCAAUGUACAGGUUGGUUUGCUUCGAAGGAGAGAACACGGGCAGGAGAUUUCUGGCUUGUGGAUGCAAGGAUGAGGAAAUGUGUGACAAGGUUGAGUGGGUAGAUGGGCCAUGGCCACCUCCACUGCAGAGGAGUUUGGUCAAGCUUUGGGCCAUGCAUGAUGAAGAGAGGGACAGUAGGAUACAUGGUAAUGUGGAAUAUGCCACUAGGAAUUACCAACUGACAUUACAGAAAAAAGAGUUGGAGAAGAAGAAUAUGGAGUUGCACAAGCAAGUGGGCAAUGCUCUGGAGUAUGUGUCAGAGAUAACUUCUCAUGACCAUGAGCUUGAAGUGGCAAAGAGAGAGAAGGCAGAGCAAGAAGUGAUAUCAUUGAGGGAAGAAAAGAAGAGGCUGGAGCAUGAGCUGGCAAAGAGGCCCAAGACAGAUGAUGAAUGCUCAACUUUGAAGGAGGAAAAGAAGAGGCUAGAGUACUAUGUUGCAGAACUCCUGAAGCAAUCCCAUGCUCUGAAGGAUAAGAUGAAGAAGAUAGCUGAGAUUUGUGGAGAAUGAGUUGUUUGCAUGUAAUAAUUUACUACUUUGUGCCUUGGUGAACUAUGUUAGCAUGUAAUGGAAGUACUAUGUUGUGCUGAAUUAUGUACUAUAUGGAACUAGU